CUUUGGUUUCUCUCUGUCGGCGAGACAUCAUCAAUGGAGGAAGUAGCGAGAGAAGAAGUAGAGAUCGACAAGGAUCUGCGGAGGAAAAUAAAGAAGACGGUGAAGAAGAUCUUGGAAAGUUCGAACUUGUACAAGAUAACAGAGAUUAAGGCGCGAGAAGAAGCUUCACUUAAAUUGGAUCUUGAUCUGUCUCAAGAUCCUUACAAGGUAAUCGUGAAAGAAGAAGUUGAAAAUUUCCUCGAAGAAGCAGUAAAGUUGAUCGGCAAUAAACUUGCGAUGCUUCCCAAGAGAAUAGAGUCGACGAGUAUUUAGAUAUUAUUAAUCUAAAAGUAUGUCGAUCCAAAAUUGGAUAGUUUUAAUGUAAUUUCCUCAAAGAUUGUCUCUGUUUGUUUUUUUAAUAGUGUUUCUGGUUCAUGGAAGCUAAUGUUUUUGUCCGAUAUGAAACAUGUGUCUAAGCAAUAAGACAAUGUGUCUGAGGAAUUUGAGCUCUUGCAAGAAAAUUUGCAGGACACCUCUUCAAACUUGGCUUGCCAAGUCCUAAUGUGUCGAAUUCAGUUACAGAUUCUGA